AUGGCGACAAGAAUCACCGGCGGCACAACUCAGAGCAUCCAUCGUGGAGGUGCGGGGUCUUCGAGCGGGAGUGUUUUGAAGUCACGGCAGCUCGCUCAACUGCAUUCGCAACUAUCGCAACUCUCGGCGAACUUGUCAGACACGGAGAAUCUGCUGAGAAUGACGAGCGUGCAGGCAGAGGCAAUGAGGGGUCUGGGAGCCUGGCAUGGUGGCUUGUUCAUGGCGGCGAGCAAAGUUCUUGGGGAGGAGAGUGUCAAGGAAGCGGGCAGAUGA